AUGUGUGUGUGCUCACUGUGCUACUUUACUUUGCAUUUGCUAAGCUGAGGUCUUUUCCUUGUGGGCACACAGGCAUACUGGCCAGGCUGAAUGUGAAUUGUCCUGCACUCCUGAGUUUGUGUGAUAGCGGGCCUGUGCCCUGGUAGGCCUGCCCACAGAGCCAGAGGGUAUGGCUUGGCCAUCAGCACAAAGAGCCCAUUUGUGCAGCAGGGUGCUGAAUGCAUCCCAUUAUUGCUGACAGUUGUUCUGGGCACAGUACAGGGCGUGGAGUUUCCCCCGAGACAAACACAGGAAUAUCCAGAGAUAGUGUGAGUUGAUCUCCAAAGUCCAGGCUGAGUCAUCAGUAGGUGCUGUGGAGAGUAGCAGCCUGCCCGUGUGCACAGCCUGGCUGCUGUGGGCAGGAUGGUGAGAGCCUUCGCGCCGCUGCUCUCCAGCAGCUUGUCCUGAGAUGACUGGUGGUUAAAGUACAUGGAUGAGCAAUAAGAGCGGGAUUAAGUAGGACCACAUGAUAAAAGGGCAGUAAGAAGGCUCUCAGAAAGAAACGGCUUCCACCGGCACUGCGAAAGCUUGGGGAAAGAGGCAUUUGAGUGGCUGUCAGAAGCAUGGUAGAACGUCAUGACAUGAAUACCCUCAGCCUACCCCUGAACAUACGCCGAGGGGGGUCAGACACCAACCUCAACUUCGACGUCCCAGAUGGCAUCCUGGACUUCCACAAGGUCAAACCCAACGCAGACAGCCUGAAACAAAAAAUCCUAAAGGUGACAGAGCAGAUAAAAAUCGAGCAGACGUCCCGCGAUGGGAACGUUGCCGAGUAUCUGAAGCUCGUCAGCAGUGCUGACAAGCAGCAGGCUGGGCGCAUCAAGCAGGUGUUUGAGAAGAAGAAUCAGAAGUCGGCACACUCGAUUGCCCAGUUGCAGAAGAAGCUGGAGCAGUACCACAGAAAGCUGAGGGAGAUUGAGCAGAACGGAGCCUCUCGAAGCGCAAAGGACAUUUCUAAAGACAGCUUGAAGGAAAUACACCACUCUCUGAAGGAUGCCCACGUGAAAUCUCGAACUGCUCCCCACUGCCUGGAGAGCAGUAAGUCGAGCAUGCCCGGGGUGUCCCUCACGCCUCCAGUGUUUGUCUUCAAUAAGUCCAGAGAGUUUGCCAAUUUGAUCCGGAAUAAAUUUGGCAGUGCCGACAACAUCGCUCACUUGAAAAAUUCCCUGGAAGAGUUCAGGCCUGAGUCCAGCACCAGGGCUUAUGGGGGCAGCGCUACCAUCGUGAACAAACCCAAGUAUGGCAGCGACGACGAGUGUUCUAGUGGCACAUCAGGCUCAGCGGACAGCAACGGGAACCAGUCCUUCGGGGCUGGUGGGGCCAGCACGCUGGACAGCCAGGGGAAGCUUGCCAUGAUCAUAGAGGAACUGAGAGAGAUCAAGGACACCCAGACUCACCUGGCAGAGGACAUUGAGGCCCUGAAGGUGCAGUUUAAGAGAGAGUAUGGCUUCAUCUCUCAGACUCUGCAAGAGGAGAGAUACAGGUAUGAGCGGCUUGAAGACCAGCUUCACGACCUGACGGAGCUCCACCAGCAUGAGACGGCCAACCUGAAGCAGGAGCUAGCCAGCGCCGAGGAGAAGGUGGCCUACCAGGCCUACGAGCGCUCCAGAGACAUCCAGGAAGCCUUGGAGUCUUGCCAGACGCGCAUCUCGAAGCUGGAGUUGCAUCAGCAGGAGCAGCAGACGCUGCAGACAGAUGCCGUGAACGCCAAGGUGCUGCUAGGGAAGUGCAUCAACGUGGUCCUGGCCUUCAUGACCGUCAUCCUGGUGUGCGUGUCCACCCUGGCCAAGUUUGUCUCACCCAUGAUGAAGAGCCGCCUCCACAUUCUUGGCACCUUCUUUGCGGUGACUCUUCUGGCAAUAUUUUGUAAAAACUGGGACCAUAUUCUGUGUGCCAUAGAAAGGAUAAUAAUCCCAAGAUGAGCCGCUGGUUCUUGCCUUCACUUUCUCUCAAGAUUUUAUUUUGAAGAAAACUCUGUGCGCACCACCAAAUUUCUGAACGAACGGCUGUGCCAAAGAUGGCGAGAAGGACUGAAGCCGUGUGCUGUAAAUAACUAGAGUCUCCUAACCCAGUAGCUGUUGCCAACAUGGUCCCCGUACGUGGUUCAUGAGAAACUGUCCCAGAGGUCUAUUCCCACAUUGCUCACUGCCUUAACCAGAGCAGAUCUCCAGCCCACCUGGCGAGCUCGGCAUGGCAAAGCCCUGCUCACUGAGCACUUGGCAUGAAGAGUGACCCAGAGGAAAAGGGCCUCUGUCUCUCUCCCAUGAAUCUCUGUCACGUUGAGCCUCGUGAUUGCAAACAGCUGUGUUCUCUCUGAGCCCCACAAACAGCAAGGAUACAGCAGGAUUCGGGGGAGCGAGCAAACACAAGUUAUUGGCAGUGUUGAGCCCUUGGGUGGCCUACGGAGGCUCAGUCAGUCUCUCUGUGACGUAUCCCACUUGUCCACGGGUGACUCUGUGUCCUAUUGUGUACCCGGUGUUCACAUUAGUCAAUUGCCUAUGUCCUUGUAACAUGGAAAUCUUAUAGCUGCUUAAACGGCAAGAGUCUGCCUAACCGGUAGCGCUGCACUUUACAACAGUAGACACUAGGGUUUACAAAUGGGGUCUCCUCUUCUUAUGCCCAGGGAACCACACACCUGAUUUCAUCUUACCUGGUUAGCAGUGCCCUGCCCUCGGAGCUUGGAGCUGCGCUACCGUCAGACUGUAGCUUUGAUGAUGCUGUGGGGUGCUUUGAGCAUCCCAGGGGAGGCUUAUGCUCUGGCCAUUGUUAACUGUGAUAAAUUCCCUUAGAGGGUGGGAUGCACUUCAUGUGACUCACUUUACUCUCAGGUCUGCAGAGAUCAGGUUGCAGAGCUUGCUCGGGAAACGAAGACAAGUGAUGCUUGUUUCACCGGGUUUCAUUUUUCUUGAAGACAACAAAAGCAAACUUUAUAAAGCAUAAGUGUGCCAAGGCAGGACCCUGGAGGCCUAAGAGGGACGUGAACUUUGGUCUAAUUGGAUGGCGGCUAGGUUAGUGUCAGGAGGGUCCACUUAGGGAACCAAGUUCCGUGCUGAAGCUCAGUUGCUGCCAUCUGUCUUGCAGGCGCAUAGUAAGACAAGUUCUGAGUCGCGGGAUAAAUGUGCUGCCAGUAAGCAGAAAACGUGUGAGGGCUGCUGUGUUCAUGGCUGCUGUUUACUGAUGAAACUGCUUCUCUUUGUGCAAAGAGAGAGGUCUGGAUGCCACCAGCCAGUGUCUGAUCCUCCCGCCACACCUGCUGAAGGUGUAAAGAUUCUGUUAAAUGUUUACUUUCUUCCAGAAGACACUCUCAAAGAUCUAGGCAUCAUCACUUGCAAACGGCUGUUCUUAGGGGCAUUCUUGGGGUGGCAGGGGUAGGGGUAAAAUUGUGCAGCAGCUUAGACAGGUCCAGCUUAUAUGAGUGGGACUCACAACUCCAGCCUUUGCCCGCCCCCACUCCCAACUUUUAAAUCAAUAAUUCAGCAAUUUUAUUAAAGUCACACAUUAUCUAACUAUUACCCUAGCCAAUUCCAGAGGCACGCUUUUGAAAAAUAAUAAACAUCAUGAAAUGCUAAGUACUUGGAAACCAGGGAUGGGGGAGUUCCUAGCCCCACUCUUAUCCACGACUGUGUCCCCACACAGGGGACAGAAGGAGGUUUCCAGUCCAGAGAACCACAAUCUCCCUUUAUUCCUGUAUUUUAACGGCCUGCUCCCUUACCGGGAGGCAGCAGACUCCAUCUGCCUGCACCUUGAAGCAAGCUGGGCCCGGCUGGUCUCCCAUUGUCAGUUAUGAAUAUUCCCAAGUGGCUUAGAGCAUGCCAGGGCUGGGGUGGCUGUGAGUGAGGCUGGUAGUUUACAGAGUGGGUAUAAAUGCAGCCUUGGAGGCUUAGGUAGGGCUCUAAGAGAGACCUGUUCUCAUGCCAGCACCCACCCCAUCCCGGCACACACUCUGUUGAUUGACACUUCUCAGACCUGUGAUCCUCGUCUCUUCUCCCUGGCGAGAGAGUAGGGAAGGAACACUCCACACUCUAAAAUAUGAGCUUGGACAGAAUCUGUGAGAAACCGGCACCAUCCUGAACUAAUGGAGUGGGGAGGGAGCACCCAAAUCAUCAUGAAUUCCUUCUAAAGAGCUGGCAUUUCCAUGAACUCCCGUUAAGUGUGGAAUCACCACCUUUACCUGGCAGCCCUCGGCCCUUACGGCAUCCUUGCUUCGGUCUUGUGGAGAGCUCAUGAAGCUUUCUCCUUUUUAAGAUUGUACAGGUCUAGGAGACUUCUGUUCUACAGUUCAUGAUUCUCUUAAGGGCUACACCCCUCUUUAGCUCUCUUCAACAUACAGUGUACACACUGGAGAAAUCAGAGACAGCGGCACAAGUGUGACAUGCCUUGGGAUCGGAAUGGAUUCACAACCGAGUCCGCCGACCCUGUUUUGCACUUUACGUUGGUAGCAAGCAUCUCAUGGUAUUUCUUGGGCUGAGAACCAGUUGUGGAGGAGUAGGCCAGUACCUGCUCUUCUAGGGAUACAGGUGAGGGAUCCAAGAUGCUGGACUGGGGAUCUUUGGUGACAUCAUCAUGAUCCAUCACCAGAAUAGUGGCUCUUGAGGACAGGACAGAACUUUCUUUUCUUUUGGUUUUUCGAGACAGGGUUUCUCUGUAUUGUUUUGGAGCCUAUCCUGGAACUCGCUCGGUAGACCAGGCCGGUCUCGAACUCACAGAGAUCUGCCUACCUCUGCCUCCCGAGUGCUGGGAUUAAAGGCGUGCGCCACCACCACCCGGCCAGAACUUUAAAAUAUCAAUGAUAGCAAAUAUUAAAACUGUUCUCUCUGUGGGUUUUGAAAUUUUUUCUCAGCUCAUACUUUUUAUAUGAUUAAGCUAGAACAAACCCCCUCCCAAGAAAAGUAAGCGACCACUCACAAUGAGGUGUAACUGGAAGUAGUCUCGCUGAUUUUUGGACUGUGAACACACGACCCCCCAUCCCAAGUUCCUGGCUCACGGCUUAGUAGUUUUCAGGUGUUCUUAUCGGGUCAAUCAGCCUCACGCGAGCACUGUCAGUCCUGUUUUUAUUUAAGAACUGCCCUCUGUGUGUACUUAACUUCUGGCCACUUCUCCAACAGCUGGUAUAAUUACAGGUUGGAAUGUGGUGAGGGAGCUAGUUUUCCCCCAAGCAACUAAUUAGUUUGGUUCUUUGGGGUUGAAUUUUAAAUGCCAAAUUGUUUUGUGUUGGAUUGGAAUGUAUAGUGGGGUUUUUUUUGUUGUUGUUUUGUUUUGCUUUGGUGUCAAAUCCAGAUCUAAUAGUCUGGCACUGGAAAAACAGGUAUGCUCAUUGAUAAGGAUGUGUGAGGUUAGACAGCCUAUCUUUUUUUUUUUUUUUACGAGACAGGGUUUCUCUGUAUUGUUUCAGAGGCUAUCGGUCCAGCCCGGCCUCGAACUCACAGAGAUCCGCCUGCCUCUGCCUCCCGAGUGCUGGGAUUAAAGGCGUGCACCACCAUCGCCCGGCUUAGACAGCCUAUCUUGCAUGUUUCCUUAAUUUUGACCUUGGGCAGGGGAAUGAAUAGGGGCUUAUUUGGAGAGAUGGUUCAAAGUUAGCAGGUAAUUUUUAAGGGGUUUAAAAAGACAAAUCACAGAAAACAAUUAGAUUGGCCUGUUUGUAUCAAAAAUAAAGAGCUUUAAAAUUGAGUCAUUAACAGGGUCUGGGUAACUCGUUAAACAUAAAGCAAAAAUUCAGUUUCCUGCCAUGGAUUCAAUUCUGUUUAAAGAGUCCAGAAGUGAUAUAACACCUUGUCUGAGGGUGGUUUACAUGUUGCCCUCCUCAUAUUUUUAAAGCAUGUCUACUGUGUUUGUCUAAAAGUAACAUCUCAACUAAAUGUGCUCUGUGUUUAAGAUACGCUGAGGCAGUAGCAGCAACCCUGAGUCAGGGUUGCUGACUGCAACCUCUGUUGCAGAAUUCCUGUCUUGUGGGAUGCUACAUAGUUUUGUAUCUGCCUAAAAUUGUAAUUUCUCUGUAGAUCUCCCCAAUGGUGGUGUCACCAAUGAAUUCAAAGCAGGUGCCAUUAUUUUUUAAACACUUGAUGUUUGCUUUGGUGUUAAAUAAAAAAAACUAGAUUUCUUAAAUUUU